AUGUUCAAAUUUCUUACCAAAAAUAAUGAACAUUGUGAAGAUUAUAUCCUGUGUAUUAUGAUUGCACGAAAUUUAAUAAAAUUGUCUAAAUUGAAUGGAAUAGAACGUAUUCAAUAUUGCCAUUAUUUUAUCCAUUGGUUGUAUGAUAAAAUAGGAACAAUUUACAGCAAAUCAACGAAUAAUAUAAAGGAUAAAACUACCGUUAAUAAAAUAUUUAAUGUAGGUUAUAUGAUUCUUCAGAAGCUAGGUAUAAAUGAUUGUUACUAUGACGUCCUUAAUCUAGAUUUAGUUCAAAAUAAGGAAAGAAAAUAUUUACAUGAUUAUUUUGAAAAUUAUAAUUACAUUGAUUGUAACACAUCUUAUAAUAACAAAUGUAAACAAUAUUGCGAACAUAUCAUUUAUAUUAAUGAACUAUAUAAGAAAUAUAUAGAAGAAUGCUGUACAUAUUAUAGCAAAGAUGAAUAUUCUGAUUAUUGCAAAUAUUAUUUCAAAUGUGAUCAAAAUUAUAACCCAUAUAAACUAUAUACAAAACUAGAUUGUUCCAAAGUCUUAUCAUCUGACAAUAAAAAAAUGGAAGAAGUAAAAAUUUCUCUUGUUCAGGAUUAUGUACAACAGUUAAUAUAUGCCUAUCGUAAUAAAUUUAAUUUAAUAAAAAAUGAAUAUACGUCAGAAAAUCUUUGUAAAGAUUUCAUAUGUGACACUUUCUAUAUUAAAUAUAAAUUAAACAUUAAAAAUAAGACGAUCUAUGUUAAUACAUAUAUUUAA